AAAGUAUAAAGGGGCCAACAACCCAGGGGGAGGGGGAGGGGGCCGGGAUGGGGUGGGGGGAAGUGCAGACAAACUCAGUAUUUGAGCUGGGGCCAGUUGGACCAGCAUUUUAUUUGUCUCCUCGUUGGCCCACCCCUGACCCGAUGGCCCCGCUGUCCUCACAAGCAUUAGCCCCCCAGGCCCGGCCCCUUUGUGAAUCCUGACCUUGGCCUCCCACCUCAGGCCAGCUUGGACCCCGGACCCGGGCCUGGCGCUCGGCUCUAUGCCUGUUAGUGUUCAGGUUGUGACGAUGUGCUCGGGGCUCCCCCACCCCCACCCCACGACAGCCCUGGCCAUUUCCCUUCUAGGGGCAGCAGUGUCUGGGCCCAGGGCCAGCCCUGCCACUCCUGGUGGACCUCCCUGAGGCCGGCCACCUGAGCCCUGGCCCUGGUUCCCUGUCUGUGUCGUCCUGGUGCUCACGACUCACGCUGUCCUGGCGGCCACACUGUCACCAGUUGCCUCCACCCUGACCAGCUGCUGCCCGACCCCCUGGCCCCACCCGGGAUGAGCGUUCCCUGCCUGUACCCCUCGUGGGGACCGGCCAGCUCCCCUCUGGGUCCAGCAUGGCUAGGCCCUUGCUGCCUGCCUGUCUGUCCCCAGGUGACCUGGGGGAAGGAGUCCGUUUGGCCCGCGGGUCCCCCCCCCCCCCCGCCCCAGACAGUGACUGGAGCUGACAUUGCACAGCCCUUUCCGUGUCCAAGGUCACCUCACGGUCACUCGCGUACUUAGCCUUCUUAAGGAGGGAGGGGGGACGCCGGCCUCGGUGACGCAGCGAUGAGGGGUGGCCUGCUGUCUGUUUGCAGACGAGGACGCAGCCCAAGGGCCUCCCCAAGCUGCCAGCACGUGAGUGCAGGGUUAGGGUCGGAGCUGGAUCGGGAGCUGGGCCCCCCUUGCCGUGUACCCCGCUGCCCGGGGCUGAAGCCUCCCGCUGCUGAGCCAUGACCUCAGACGCAGAGGCUGGAGGUGCGCGGGAUUGUGGCCCUGGUGGGGCGCAGGGGUGAGGGUGGCGGGAGCCCCACCUCCUCUGGCGGGUUCACCCAGAGCCGGCCUUUUUUUCACGACAGCGCUCCAGAUAAGGCAUUCCAGGGCUUAACAGGCCUCGUUAUCUGACCCAAAUACCUCCUGAAAUUAAAGACUACCUCUUCUGACCCGGCCCUGAGGGACACGGAGGCCCCUUCUCAUGCCCCUGAGGGGUCAGCACCUUGCGCACAGGUGCAGGGGUGAUGCCUACUCCAGCAGAGGCGCGGGCCACCGAUGCCACGCUACCCCGGGUGACGGCUGGAAGGACGGGGACUCCGGGUUGGGGCGGGGCCUCGCCCCGCCCCCUCUGAGCCUCAGGGACCGUCCCCCCCGACAGGUUCCUUACAGGAGCCGAGGUCCUGGCCCACAGCCUUCGCGGGCCGUGUCUGCUCCCCGCAGGUCUCGGCGUUCAUCCGUGGCGACAUACCUACCGUGGCAAAUGACUGCUUGGGAACCUGUUCAAUGUCCGCCUUGGGCGUCACACUUUCUCCGGAUCACUCCCGCCAGGAAAGCACCACAAACCAGGGCAAAUGUGUUCUUUCCCAGUCUGGAGGCCGGAAGCCCCGAACCCAGGUGUCACAGGGCCGCGAUCGCUUCUGUGGGGCUAGGCUCUUCUCACGGCCAUCCCCGCCUCUGUUGUCACACGGCCUUUCCCUCUACAAGGACACAGUCCGGUUGGACUUAGGUCCACCCUAAGCCAGCAUAACCUCGUCUUAGCUCAGUUGCAUCUGCAAAGGCCCCAUUUCACAGGUACCCGGGUAGGCUUGACCGUUGCUUCCUGGGGGACGCGGCGUAACCCACAACUGACCGGAAGGCUUUCUGGGUCUGGGUCCUGAGCUCCCGGGGUGUCCCAGAAGGGCGUGGGGACGGCUGGGGCGUGAAUGCGUGAACAGGUGAGGAGCUGACUCUGCAAACAGGUUGUCGGUGAAAAGACCCACCAUCCAGGACAUCCAGUGUUUCAUGCUGCCGAUUUGCCUCUCGUGUCCUCUCCUUUCUUGUAGCUUUGAUGUUCUCAUCCGCGAACUCUCUGUAUCGACAGCACCCCCUCCCCCCUUCUCACUUCCUGUUUCCGGCCUCUGGCUGAGCAGUGUCGGAAGCUGAAGCCGGCAGGGCUGGACGUGUCCGAGAGAGAAGGCAUGCGUCUGCCCACCCCAGAGGCUCUGAGCGCAUCUCUGGCCACUUCUCACAGAACCAGCAAGACCGAUGGCAUUUGAGGGGCACAGACAUCCAGGCCUCAACGUGCACGAAAGGUUUUUCGGGACCGAUCGUGCACAGAAAGAAAUGCUGUCACACUCAGCUGGCGGAGGCCGCAGCUGGCAGAGAGGCGGGGGGGGGGGGGUGGUGGCUGGGGCCACGUUGGGGCCUGAAUGCCCCGAUGCUGGCCCUUCUGGCACUUUCCCCCCCAGGCCCUGCUCCCAAGCCGUGCUGAACCCAGGACUCGGGACAAAAACAGCACUCUCUGAAACCACUCACAGUAGAUGGUACAUGAACGAGAGGAUGGGAGAGAUUUUCCUCCCCCUCUGUGCGGCUCCCGUUGGCCCCCCUGCUCUUACGAGGACACCCGGUCAUCAGAUUUAGGACCCACCCUGGAUCCAGGAGGACCUCAUCCCAGGACCCUUCUGUUAAUCGCGUCUGCAAAGACUCCACCUCCAAACCCUUCCUCAUGGAACAUCUUUAGAGCACGGCCCAGGGCAGUGACCAGCCACAGCCUCACAAUCAAGCUGGGCACCGCAGUGAGGUCAAUCGUGGCCAAAGCCACAGUUUCCGGAUCCCACUCCCCCAGCACUGACCCCAAACCCCCAAGAGCACUCUGGAGGGUCGUCACAAGGGCAGUGAAGGCUGGCACUUCUCGCGGAGGGGGUCGCUCUGCUGGGAUGCCCUCUGCAGAAGCAGCGUCCUCACCUACCUCCCCUGUGUGCCUCCGUGGCACCGGAGCUCCGUGGGGCAGCCUUACUCCCUGGGCCACGGGGAUCUUCCCGCCGUAAGGAGAGCAUGGCUUCAUUCAGGCUUGGACAGAAAGUGUGCAUCCUGAUCGACAGGACUGGGGUUCUGAGCAGCAGCAUCUACGGGAUCUGCAACGCUCAACACAAAAGGAAAACGUAAGGCAAGGAUAAAAAAUGCGUGUGUGUUUGCGUGUAGAUGCCCGUGGGACGAGGAAGAACACGGCCACAGCGAAAACAAGGGAGGCCCUGAGAACUCUUCAGAAGGCUUUGGGGGCUGUCACGCGGUGGGUGGUGUCAUUUUGUUGUCGGUUCUCCGGAGGGGUGGGUCCCGGGGAGGCCAGCUUCCCUGCCCUGUCCGGAGCGAUUUUCUGGCCGAGCCACCCCCGCCAGAGGGUCCUUGGGUGUUUGCAAGGAUGUCGUUGGGGUCCUCAAGCUCUCACCUGAGUCCCCCCUGGGCCGAGAAGUUACCUGCGUUUUCAAAAGGCCCCUCCUGGGGACACCACGCCCCCAGGAAACACCAUUCUGGGUAACACAGCCUGGGUUGGAUCCGAACCUCUGAACCCGACCUUCUUACAGCAUCACUGGGCUCCUCUCCAGCCCUUGACCCUGGAGGUAGCCCCGCCCAGCUCCCCUUAGAGCCGAAGGCGCCUCCCCCUACCCCCAGCGCGAUCCUGACAAUUGGCAGGGAACAGAGCAGACCCCACGCCGCCCCUGCCCAGAGCCCCCAGUUCCCGCAGGGACCUGACCCUGCAGCCGGGACCCCGGGGGGAGGUCCCAGGGCGAGCCCCCACGCCCGCAGGACACCCUGCCACCUGUGUGUCCCCCCGCACUAUCGUCCCCCCAGCCCGAGGCCGGGUGAGGCAGGGAGGCACGUUCCACCAGAUAGAUGGUCGUUGUCAAGGCUACGUGUUGAGCAGGAUUCCGGAAAGGGGGCUGUGAGCAAUGUCACCCCUCGUGUCACCCCUGCCCUAGACCACUGUGGCGAGCCCCUCUCCCCGGGGCCGCUCGCACCAUCCCUUGGGACGAGAUUGCCGCGUCCUAGGACAGCGCUGGGGGCACAUGCGUUUUGGCCCGCAGGGUAACGACAGUGGUGAUUUUGUGGUGGGGUCUGUUGUUCACAGGACGAGGGACCUCAGAGCCUGAGAGGAGAAGGUGCCGGUGAGGUCCGUUCACCCUCUUCCUGCAGCUGGAGAGGGCGGGGGGGGGGGGGCCCAGCUCGGGCGCCGCUCACGUCCUUGGCACACGUUCCAGGGACAGGAAGCACAUCGGCCUCCCGUGGGUGUGUGUGCCCGUGUAUGAGCGAGCAGGCGUGUGUGUCGGCACGUGCGCGUGCACACACAAGCGCGAGAGCGUGCAAGCAGGGGGCACGUCUGCACCCGCUCACGUUAGAGUGUGAGUGUGCAAGCACCUGGGAGUGUGUGCGUGUGCACAGGCAACAGGAUGAGCGUGCAAGCACCCGCACUGUACGCGCACACGCGAGUGCGAGCGAGUGUGCACGGGUGUGCACGUGCGUGAGCGCACGUGAGUGUGAACGUGCCUGUCCACACACGUGCGUGUGUGUGUCUGUGUGUGAACGAGCAUCACAGUGCACUAGCAACCCCCCUGAGAUCCCUAGUUCUUGGGCAAGGUGCUGGGGUUUCCUCGCAGGGGCCCCGCCUGGGGACAAGGGGCCUGGGGGCGGGGGCUCUUUGCCGGGUGGACACGUGACCAGACCCUUCUUGAAGUCAUGGGCGUGACGUCCUGGAGAGACUCCCCUCUCCCCGCCACGUUACGGUGCGUGGUUAUUUUCUCCUCAGAGCGUUUACAUGGAAAAGAAGAACGUGGAAAAACCCUGCGGCCGUCAUGCAGAAAAACAUGCGUAAAUAGUAGCUGGAAGGAAAUACCUCACUGCGGAUGAAGUGAAAAGGGCGCCCAUGGUUUUCUUUUUGUGCUUGUAAGAAAAGGAGGGUGAGGGAGGACCCAGCUCGAAACAGAUGGUCACUUUUGAGAGUUUCUUAGAAUCACGUGAGUUUUGAUAUAAAGGGAAAGCACGCUGUGACAACGUUUCGUGGACAAUUCCAAAUCAGCACGAAGUGCUCAGCCGGAGAGAUGUCUUGACCUCGCUCGGCUCUCUUGGGGCCUCCGGCUGGGCGUUCUCCCGGUUGGAACCCUGGCCAGACAGGGAGUGAUGUGCGAAGAACUCGGGCUUCAGGAUUGAGUCUCCCAGUCACUGGCUGUGUGGCCUCUCUGACCCUCAGUUUCCGUAUCUGUGCAAUGGGAGCAAGGGAUCCACUCCACACAGUAGUAGUUCUGAACGUGCGAGAAAAUAGCACACAGGACCACUUUCCAGUUUUAGAGUGUGAAGGUGUGACCGCACCUUCCUGUUUUAUAGACGCUCUUGUCCGUGACAGCGGUCACGGCUCUCAGAAAUAGAAGAAUAUCGCAAUACAGAUUCAUCUCACAUAUUUAAACGUUCAGGCUUUUUCAUUUAUCGCUGGUGCUGAUUAAAUUCUGUCUUUUCUCGACUAUUGUGUUAUAGCUCCAAGACGUAUUCUUUUCAUAUUGAAGCUUUUUUUUUAAUCCCAGCGGUUUCUGAGUCAAUCCUGACUCCCGGCUUUCUGCAGAGGGCACUGCCUUCCAAGACGCUCGGGCUGAGCCCCUCCGCUGCCUGAUCGUUUCCACCUCCUCUUUGUUGUUGUUGUCCUGGAAUCUGUCCUGUAACCACUAACCGCGCAAACGCGGCCGUCCGUCAUCCUAGCGGUUAACCUACUGGGGACAGGAGGUGUAGCAACGGUGCUGUGGGAGUUAGGCUGGAUGGUCCCUUUCUGGAAGGCCUGUGUUGUGGUGAGAGCGCCAGGGGAAUAACACCUCUGAACGCUCCGGCCGAGGCGGAUCUUGGUUACCUUCCCUGAGAGUCUUCUCAGCGGAACUAGUGAGGUCUUGACCUGGCGCUAACGGGCUCCCGCUUCACUGCCAACCAAGCAGCGAAAGACAGCCUGACGGACGACGAGGACGGCGUCACCCACGAGAAAGUACCUCGUGUGAAACUUACAUGCCGAACGCACACACCGGGCGUGGCGGCCACCGAGAUAAAACGUAGGUGGGCUGAAGCCCCAUCACCCGCUCCGUUUUUCACUCCUCUGGCUCCCCUGUUCACGGGAGCGAACAGAAUUGUGUCCUCGUGGAGAUGGCUUUGUGGGGACCGUUCUGACUUUACGCCGUGAGCUGCUGCACCGCCAUCUUCGUGGCGAGCCCGCCGGGGUCCGUGUUGAUGCUGACCGGGAACAGACGUCUCUGAGACUGCCGCUUCGCGGCCCUCAGAUCACCCCUCGGGAAGAGGUCUCUGGGUUCCGGCCUAUGAACAUUUUUAUGGCUUUGAUCCGUAUUGUCCAGCGGUGUGAAGGACGCUUUGCUGAAUCUGAUGUACCACUUUGAUUUGGUGCUGUUUUCUCCUGCCAGUUUGCGACGAUAAGGAACAGAAGGGCCCUUUCUCCAGGCCCCGGUGGCCCAGACCCCUUUGUGUAGCCGCCCAGGAGAGGCCUAGAGCCGCACUGCCUCCGACGACCAUGCUCGGGACCCUCGGGCUGGCCCUGCUGGCUCUGGUCAGCACGGUGGGGCCGAGCCAGGCCAGCGGCUUUACAGAGAAUGGCCUUUCCUUGCUGAGUUUCCAGCUGUGCAACUACAGCGUGACCCGAAACGUCCAGAGAGUGGAGGCCAUCCACACGUCACACGUGACCUACGCUCCCUGCGGCGGGUGGAUCCCGUGGAGGAGGUGCCCCAAGACGGUGUACAGAACUCGGUACCUGGCCGUGGACGUCCCCCAGCCCAGGAACGUGACCGACUGCUGUCGGGGUUACGAGCAGCUGGGCCUCUACUGCGUCCCGCCCCUGAAUCGGUCCAGGGAGUUUGCCUCGAGACCCGGGGUCUGCCCUGCGGUGGGGCCAGAAGCACCCGCCUCGCCGUGCACGCUGGACACAGACUGCCCCGGGCUUCAGAAGUGCUGCGUCUCCCCCCGGGGCCACCACUGUGUGGCUCCCGCUCCCCAAGCUCCAGAGAGGGACCCGGUGACCUUCUGGUACGACGUGACCGUCCUGGUGAAAAUGGCCUUCAAGGAGCUGGAGGAGGUGGACCCCAGGCUGCUGAAUCACAUGCGGCUUCUGUACUCCAUGGUCACCAGUGCCUUGCAGCCGCUGCACCCCUCCGUCCACCACCUGCAGUCGGCCAGUGGGGACCCCUCGACCACGGUGUCACAGCUCCUGCUGGGCCUACCGUGGCCCGUGCCCGUGGCCAACGUCUCCGCGACGCUACACAGCAUCGUGCAGCGCGUCUACGAAGUGAUCGACAUCCGGGUGCAAGACUGCCCUCCCAUCCGGGACUACAUGACCCUCAACGUCACCAGCAGCAGCUUUCGGGUGUCUUGGCGUUUACAUUCUCCCUGGCCCCGCACUUUCCACGUGCAGGUGUACAAGGGGGAGGAGCUCCUCCGGAGCGCCAGGACCGCGGGGAGGAGCCUGGAGGUGGCGGGGCUGGAGGCUGGAGAGCUCUACGUGGUGCGGACUGGCUACCAGGGCUGCGGGGCCAAUGUCACCGCCACACUGGCCGUCAGAACCGAUGCCCGGGUAUUCCAAGUCACCGUCAGGGUCCUCAACCGCAACAUGACAGGGGCCCUUCUCAACCGCAGCAGCACCGAGUUCCGGGACUUUUCUCGACAACUGCUCCACGAGGUCGAAAACUCCUUCCCGCCAGCCGUCUCUGACCUGCGCAGGAGAGGGAAGCUGAGGACACAGAUGGUCUCUCUCCAGGCUGGAAGCGUGGUGGCGACGCUCAGGCUGACCGUGCAGGACCCCGAGUUCCCAGUGGGGGUCUCCACGCUGGCCCCCAUGCUCCCGCCUCUGCUGGCCAGCACCGUGUUCCAGAUUGAUCCGCGGGGGACGCUCGUGCAAGAUUGGGACGAGUGUGCAGACAGCCGGGGGCACGACUGCUCACCCGCUGCCCAGUGCAUCAACGUCGAGGGCUCCUACACCUGUCGGUGCCGGACGGCCAGGGACGCCAACCCCUCCCGCGCGGGCCGGGCCUGUGAGGGUGACGUGGUGAGCCCCACGGGAGGGGUGCUGGCUCCAGCAACAGGGGUUACGGCCCCAGCUCUCAGCACAGAGACAGCAGCCCUUGGCCCGGAGACGUCUGCCUUGUGGCCCAGCCCUGGGCGACCGGGGGGCACCCCUGCAGCAAAUCAGGCCCAGACCCCGGGACCCCCACCCAGGAGAGGGGGCAGCGGCCCGGCCGGGAAGGACGAGAACAGCACGAGGCAAGGCCUGGAGGAGGGAACACCCAGCAGGGCCCCAGGCCUGGUGACAGGCCGGUGGCCAGCCAGCACGGCUCCUGGGACAACCCACAGCUCCCCUUCUGGGCCCACGAAUGGCUCGCUGAGCACCCCUGGGUGGUUAUCAAGAGACUCGAGCACGGAGCGGCCCCUCUGGCCCAGUCCUACCGAGGGCCCCACAGACCACAUCGUCUGGCACGCCAGCCUCCCCACUGGGGACGCAGCACCAGCAGCUCUGGACCCCACAAGGCCACAGAACUUGGUCCCCGGACCCUCCGGCUCCCCGGACCUUCCCUCGGCCCCCACCCCUGAGUCUCUGAAGCUUCCGGCCUGUGUUCCCGUCCCCAUCGAGAGGGUCACGGUGUCCAACGUGAGCAGCACCAGCUUUCACGUGGCGUGGGCGGCGGAUCUCACCCCGCACCCCACCUUCCAGCUCACCCUGACCUCCCCGCGGAGCCCCGCGGUGUACCUGGAGACCCGAGACGCAAGCCUGACGCUGUCGGGCCUGGAGCCUGGCGUCCUUCACCUGGUGGAGAUAGAGGCCAAAGCUUGCGGGAACGGAAGUGCCAGGGCCCGCCUGAAAGUCAGGACAGCGGCCCAGAAGCUCAGAGGGAAAGUCAGAAUAGCCAACGUCAGGUACGUGGAGCCCUUCCGGAACGCAAGCAGCAGGGAGUAUCAGGACUUCCUAGAGCUGUUCCUCAGGGUGGUGCGGGAUUCCUUGCCGGCCGCCAUGCUUCGGCACGUGGACGCCGGUGGGGUCCAGAUGGAGGUGACCCGCGUCGCCAACGGCAGCGUCGUGGUGGAGUUUAACCUGCUGAUCAUCGCAGACGUGGAUGUCCGUGAGGUGUCUGCUGCGUUCCUCGUUGCCCUCCGGAACGCCUCUCUGCUGGAGGUGGUCGGCGAGGACACCUUCAUACAAGAUUACGACGAAUGUGACAGCCAGGAGCACGACUGUGAGCCGGGCGCGUCCUGCCACAACACCCUGGGCUCCUACACCUGCAGCUGCACGGGAGGAGCCCCCCGCUUCCCUGUGGAAUUUUCGGGAAGAUCCUGUGACGGUGACUCUCCUGGAAACACAACCCAGGCUCCCGGCCCCCCUCUGGCCACUGGCCCCGAGCAGGCCCCCACCCCGAUGGGAACCGCGGCUGCCAUGGCACCAGGUGCCGGCCCGGGUCCCCGGGGCCUGCCCCCGCGACUGAACCUGACCGAGGCGGUCAGGGUGCUCUGCGACAUUGAGAAGGUGGCCAUCGCCGUCCAGAGGCGCUUCCUGCAGCAGGAGUCCAUCCCCGAGUCCUCCCUGUACCUGGGACACCCAUCCUGUAACGUGAGCGACCACAACAGCACGCACGUGCUCCUGGUGGCCGGGUGGAGCGAGUGCGGGACCGUCGUGCAAAGUAACGUGACGAAUACGGUGGUGAGGACCACCCUGAGGAACGACCUGUCCCCUGAGGGCAUCAUCCACCAUCUGAAGAUCCUGAGCCCCAUCCACUGUGCCUUCCAGAACGACCUCCUGACAUCGUCAGGCUACACCCCAGAAUGGGGGGUCUAUACCAUCAUCGAGGACCUCCAUGGUGCUGGCAGUUUUGUCACCGAGAUGCGGUUGUUUAUUGGGGACUCCCCUAUACCUCGAAAUUAUAGUGUGUCUGCCAGUGAUGAUGUCAAGAUCGAGGUGGGGCUCUAUAAACAGAAGAGCAACCUCAAGGUGGUCCUGACCGAGUGCUGGGCGACACCAUCCAGCAACGCCAGGGACCCGGUCACGUUUGGCUUCAUCAACAACAGCUGCCCCAUCCCCAACACACACACGAAUGUGAUCAAGAACGGGGACUCCAGCAAGGCCCAGUUUAAGCUGAAAAUCUUCUCCUUCAUCAACAACUCCAUCGUCUACCUGCACUGCAGGCUUCGUAUUUGCAUGGACUCCCCUGGAAGCACGUGCAAAAUAAAUUGCAACGACGUCAAGUCCCCGAGAAGCAGCGAGGCAUCCACCAUACACCAGACAUCCUGGGGACCCCUCGUCCGGUCUGAAGGUGAGCGUCCAGGCGCGGAGCCGGGCCUGGGAGCCGGUUACCUGGUCCUCAUCGUGGUGGCCGUCUUCGUCGUGGUGGCCGGGGCGGCUGCCCUUGUCCUCGGGCACUACCAGAGAAUGACUGGCAAAUACAGCUUCAGAGCCGGGCCGGACGACUUCGGCUACCGGGUGUUCUCUGGGUAGGCGGUCCCGGCCGGCCCGCAGGUGGCUGUGAAUCAACCUCGGUUCUUAAUCCAUGAAGCAUCGACGGAAACCUGCUCUGUCCCACAUCCAGAGCUUGGAUGAGUCCCGGGGGUGGUGAAAACACAGCCUCUGACUGACCCAGGAGACCCAUUGUCUGUGUAGGUCCCAGAUAAGCAGUGCCCACCAGGCGGAUGUAAGAGCUUUUGGAGUAGGAGGUGGGGUGAGGGGUAUGCCCCAGGCAUGGGGAUCUUCAAACAAGCUUGGAUACAGCCUUGCCGUCACCCAGAUCACCUCCACCGCCCCAGAGCCCCCAGACUCUUUACCCUCCUAACUGGCUCAA